AAAAACUGCACUUGGCAACUCUAAGCUUGCCAUUCAACCCAGUUGGAAUUUAUAAUUGUUAAUAAAUUUUUUAUUAAAUUAAUUUAACAUGCUGGCAAGGUGGAUCUUGCUUCUCUUGGCCCUAAUGCCUGUGCUGGUAUUAACCAAGAAAUAUACCAAGGAUGAGGAUAAGCCGGAUUGGGCUAAAAAGGAUAUACGAGAUUACAGUGAAGCCGAUUUGGAACGUUUGCUUGAUCAAUGGGAAGAAGAUGAAGAACCAUUGGAGCCGGAUGAGCUGCCCGAGCAUCUGCGGCCGCAACCAAAGCUCGAUUUAUCCAAUUUGGACAGCAAGAAUCCUGAGGAAUUGCUCAAAGUUUCGAAGAAAGGUCGAACCCUUAUGACUUUUGUAUCGGUGUCAGGCAAUCCCACACGCGAGGAAGCCGAUGAAAUCACAAAACUAUGGCAAACAAGUCUCUGGAACAAUCAUAUACAGGCUGAGCGCUACAUGGUUGAUGACAAUCGUGCCAUAUUUCUCUUUAAAGACGGCGAGCAGGCGUGGGAGGCAAAGGAUUUCCUUGUAGAACAAGAACGCUGCAAAGGUGUUACCAUUGAGAAUAAGGAGUACCCAGGAGUGCACACCAGAGACGAGCUGUAGACGUAAAUGAAAACCCAUCUAUCUCAUAUGUAAAGUAUUUUUAAGCGCUGAAAUGAACAAAUUGAAUUCUGAAUUAAAAUGAAAUGUAAGAUUUUUAGAUUUUUUCUAAA